CGCCAAACGCCUGGUGUUGUAAUUUUUCUUGGUGAAAACGAUUUUCGGUUUUUCGCAGUGAAAAGUGCAGCUAAUUGCUCGAAUUGCGCACCAAAGUGUAGAUGAAAGUGGCGUUUAUUCGUUUUCGACGCGGCAGUGGUGAAAAAACGGCCCAAAGUGCAUGAAAAACGUGCUUGAAAAUUUUACUUUGUGUGUAGCCACACGCACUUCAGCACACACACACACUCGCACACACAGACAGAGGGAGAUAAACGCAGCGAUGGCCUCGCAGUCGCACUCGCACAUAUAAAAAGCUCGCUUGUGUAUUGGAGAAGGAGCGCACAAAGCAGAAGACGAGAGGAAAGAUUUCUGUGUCAUUGAACGAGAAAAAGAAGAAAGAGAAGAGAGCCGAGCCAGGUCCAGGAGCUCCUGUUCCUGUUCUUCCAGCGUCCGCAGGUGCAGCACCACACACUCUUUCCAAUUCCAAGGAUACGAUACCCAGCAUAGGGGCCUCUCAGCCGCUCUUUCUCUCUCUCACUCUCUCUCUGCCUCGAUCGAUACUGCUCACCCGCGUGGAAUCAGAGGAUUGAGCAAGAUGGACGCCAAGCCAAGGGGACACGUAGUUUUAUGACUCUGAGGGGCAGCCAAGCCAGCCAUCCGUCGCACUAGAAAUCUAGAAACAGGAGCAGCCAGUGAGCAGGAGUAGGAGCAGGAUCCACAGUAGCCAGGAGCCACAGAUAGAUAGAAUCCAAAGCCCUCAUCAUGGUCGACAACAGUGUCCAGUGCCCCGUGUGCACAUUGUACCUGCAUGCGGGCAUGAAUCUCUCCGAUCACUUGGAGACCCAUCCCAAGGAACAGGUGAUCAAGGCGCUGGUGCAGAUGACGAUCGUCGGGAGCGGUGGCAACAGCAUGGGCAGUGUUCUGGCUGCCGCCAUGCUGGCAGGUGGAACUGGAGGAGGUGGAUCGAGUGGGAGCGACGCCAGUAGUGUGGUCGAUGAGAAACCAGCCGACUUAUCACCGCCUCCUGGUGGCGAUGUCAAACCAGUUGUGGCCAAUACCAUAUCAGCAGUAGCUUCGGCAGCAGCGUCCGUGGUGCCGCCAGCACCGCCACCGCUCUCCUCUUCCCUCGUGGCAGCCUGCUCGAACGGAGCCGCCUCCUCCACAGCCAGGUCCACACCCAACACCUCCUCCUCCUCCUCCGCAAGCAGCAGCAACAGCAACAAACCGAGCAAUCCACCGAUGAAAGCACUGAAAUGCGAACCGCCCACGACUGAGGCGCGAGCCAACACAUCCGCACAUCCCACCACGAGCAGCGUGUCCACUUUGUACCAGCCGUCGCAGGUCACUCCGGAUUAUCGCUUCAACCAGCAGCAGCAGCCACAGCCGCAGACCACAGGCUUUGGCCGUGGUGUCACCGCCUCGCCGGCCACCCUGGUGAUACCGCAGGUGCCCCAGCAGCACUUCCUCGCCAGCCAUCAGCAGCAAGCCCACUUUACACAUCAGCAGCAGCCGCCGCAACAACAACAACAGCAUCAGCAGCAGCAGCAGCAUGCCCUGAAGUUCAGCUAUGCCACAGCUUUGCCCCCACCUCCGCCGUUGCAGCUAUUUACACAGCAGCAGCAGCAACAUCCGAAUGUCGCUCCAUCGCAAUCGCAGCAACAGUCGCACCAGAAACCACCUCCCGCCUACGGAGCCGCCAUCAGUCAAAUACGAUCUCAGCACAACCAAAACAAGCAGCAGCCACAGCCUCAAAACGUGGCCAUGCAGCACAACCUAUCCCUGGCACCACCGACAACAGCACCGACUUCGACCACACUUGCAAAUGCAGGUGGCAAGCAGCCCAGUAAGCCGCAUACGGAAGUAUUCCUGAAUCCCCCACCACCGCCACCGACACAGCAGCAGCAGGCGCAGAUCCACAGCUUGGUGCAGCAUCAGCAGAAUCAGGGCCAGCUCCAUCAGCAUCCCCACCAGCAGCAGCAGCAGCAGAGCCAGCAGAUGGCCGCAUCGUCCUCCGCUAGGAUGCAGCAGCAUCACCAGCAGCCACCGAGCUUGCAGAGUUACGGAUCGGGUGGUAGCAGUAGCUGCAGUUCCUCCAACACGCCCUCCACCUCGACAUCUGGACUCCGGGUGAAUCGACAGACCAACUCUCCAUUCGGAGCGCUGCUCAAUGCUGCGGCGGCGGCGGCAUGUGCUUCGCCAGCCUCGUCGAGCGCCUCAUCGGUGCUGCGUUUUGCUGAAUCUCCGGUGGCCCACUACUUGGAGCGCGAGAAUGGUGACUUCAUUGUCCAGGAGACGCCCAAGCAUAUUGUGGAGUGUGUGGAGAAGGAGGAUGGGGAGUUCUCCGUCAUCGAGCGCAUUUACCAAUCCCCGCCGAGUGUCCUGCACAUACACGAUGACGAUGAGGACGAAGAGGAUGAGGAGGAGGAGGACGACCACGAUGCUCCGCCGGAGGAGGAGGACGGCGACGAUGAGCGGGAGGAGAACAGCCACAGCCGCAAUGUAGGAAAGACAACGAAAAAGGCUCGCAAGACGAAGCCCAAGCGAAGCUCCAAGCGGGUCUCGGACGAAGAGUUCAUGAGCCUGAGCAGCGGAUGCGAAAGUGAGCUGGAAAGGGAGAGUAAGCAGGAGCAGCCAAAUGCAGCGACAGCUUUGCCGCCUCCUCUGUGCACGGCUCCCUCCACGAGCACGGCUGGAGUUUACGCUUCCUCCUCCAAUCUGGCGGAUAAUCAUUCCAAUUCCGCUUCCAACUCCGCCUCCAAUUCAAACUCCACAACCACGAAGGCCAAGAAGAAUCGAAUCACCGUGCUCAGUGAUGUACCGCUCAAUAUGAAUGAGUAUCUGGAUCUGAUGGGCAACAUUGUGGCCUCCAGUCGUAUUGGGGCAGGUCGUCCCUUUGCCGCUGUGGCUCCCAUACCACUGGUUAAGGUAGAGAAGGAGGAACCUUUGGAUGACUACGACAGUGCGGGAGGGGCAACGGCAGGGGCAGAUCCUACUGAUCUGGAGCAGAAGCCCAGCUUGGAGCACGGCACCACCAGCGUUAUUCGUAUGGCAAGCACGGCUGCCGCGACGACGACGACUGCGACUGGCUUACCUGCCGAGGAUCUCACCCAGCCGCCACCGACCCUAAAAGUCGAGGUGGAGCCCACCACCACCUUGCUCCCGCAGCGCUUCUCCACUCCCGCCCAGCAACGGGGGCCAAAGAAAUUAGUCAUCAAACCAAAAGCAACAGCACCAGCGACAGCGACGACAACGAAAAAGACUGACACCCCAUCUUCCUCCAGCAGCAACCCAUCCAUAUCAAGAGAUCUGGUGCAGGUGAAGAGUGAGACCCUGGAGGCUCCGGCGCCCAGUAGUAGCAGUAGCAUUCUGGAGAAGCACCUGACCACCACCAGCCGCAAACUGUUGCACCAUCACUCGGCGGUCAACGAUGACGACGCCCGGGUGCUGUUGGAGUUUGCCAACUCGAAGCAGCCGCCGCCACUGGCCGCUUCGAGCACCACGUUCGUGGUUAAUGCCAGUACCGGCGGCUUCCCCUCGGCGGGAUCCGUUUUCGCCAGCAGCAGUAGUGGCUGUUCCAAGACACCGGCCAAGCCGGGCGAUGAGUACAUCCUGCCGGACAACAACAUGGAAGUGGAUGAGAUUGUGAUAUCCUCGUCGUCUUCCUACACCUCCUCAGCGGCCCAGGUGCAGGCCACGCUGCAGCCGCCGGACUUUAACUUUCUGUACCACCAGACCACAACCACGGCCACGACAGCUACCUACUUCAAUCCCUUCUCCAGGCAGCAGCAUCAUCAUCAGCAGCAGCACCACCAGCAGCACGGCGUCAGCGAUGCCACCAAUGCGGCCACGUUGGCUUCGUCGUCCAGUAACUCUUUGGAUCACGACUCAAUGAAUGCAACAUUCCGGGUGGCCAAGACGCAGUCGCUGCAUUCAUGGUACCAGCAGGAGCCGGAGCACGAUCCGCAGAACCCAGGUGGCGUGGAAUCGGGAACAGCCACGCCCUCCAAUCAAAGCCAGGAUGUGGUCAGCCACCAGCCCACCAAUUUCAACGCCGCUCUGGCGGCUGUCGAUUGCUGCAGCGUUGCCCUGGACGAGGAUGCCAAGUAUCUGGACCUGGACGCCUGCAAGCGGGAGCAGCUGAGUAGCAGUAGCAACCUUCCCUCAGCCUCCGCAUCCACCACGUCGUCCUCGUUCGCCGGCGCUGGCACGGAGAGCAGUUUGGUUGGGGGCCUGAACAUCCGCACCGAUGAGAAGAUGCCCGCCAAGGGGGAAAUCUCCGAGCAGGAGAGCAACUGCGACAUCGAGAACUCCUGGAGUGAGUCGGUUUAUGGGGAUAUUUCGCAGCGGUAUUUCAGGAACCAGUUUUCUGGAGGCUACAAUCCCGACUGGCGACAGGAUUACUACCCAGCUCAGGAUCUCAGCGCCCAGCAGAGGGAGCAAAAACGAUUCGACUUUAAUGCGGUUGAUGACGAGGCUUCAUCCAGCUCAAGAAAGAGUCAACUAACGGAUGGCAUCCAAACUGCGGCCACCUCCACCGCUUCCACGUCAUCGGCUUUGCUGGCGGGUCCACCAAUAGCUUCGACAUCGCGGGCUGCCGCAGAGGCGGCAGCGGAGGCGGCUGCUCUCGCCCAACGGAAGCCGCAGCGCCGCAAGCUCUAUAAAUGUCCCCACUGCGAGGCGAUCUUCGAGAAGCUCAAGGAGCGCAAUGCGCACAUGAUUGGCGAGCACAAUUACGUGCGACAGAACCGCCGACUCAUCUGCACCCAGCCGCAGGUCAGCGCCUCGAUGCUGCCGCCGCAACAGCAGAUGAUCCUGCAGGCAGGCGAUGGAGUACAAGAGGAUUCCAAGGACGGCAUUGUCAAGAUAAAACAGGAGCAGUGCCAGGAAAAGCAGGAUGUGCAUGAGCAUAUGCACGCCCAUUCUGAGUUGCUGGCGGAUGUCAAGGAUUCCGAGCUGCUGGGCAUCGGUGGUGAUGGCGACGGCGAAGUGGAUGGCGACAUUAAGCCACCCAGCCAGUUGGAUGAGAAGCCCACGCUGCCGCCGCUGGCCAUGACAACGCCGGCUGCCAAAUUGGCCGCUUUGUACCGCAUGCUCAUCGCCUACAACGAGUCCAAGCUCGGCCAGGAGCGCAACAACCUCAGCGAGCUGGAGCAGAAGGCCAUGGAGAAGUCCAUCUUUCUGUGCUACGUCUGCCGGACGGACUUCCCGUCCGUUAAGCUCUACGACGCCCAUCUCACCGAGCAUCCGGCUGAGUGCUUCACCUGCGGCAAGAAGUUCUACCGCUGGAAGAACUUCUCAUUGCACCUGAAGCGUCACUUGGGCUGGAAGGAGUUCGGAUGCUACGUCUGCGACAAAAAGUUCGUGGUGCGCAGCGCCCUCGUGGAGCACAUGCGGAUGCACACGGGCCAAACGCCACUCAAGUGCAAGAUAUGCGGCAAAAAGUUCAAGCGCUACUCGAAUCUGACGCAACACCGCAAGCGGCACACCAAGAUGAUGGUGCGCAAGAAAGAGUACGUGUGUCACUGCGGCGAGGUGCUGCCCUCGAAGGCGCGCUUCCUGUGGCACAAGGAGACGCACGACCUGAAGCCCAAAUGCUGUCCGUACUGCUGCGAUCGAUUCGUGCACGCUAACUCGCUGCGCCGCCACAUCCGGCUGGCGCACUCCGACAAGUUCGACUACGCCGAACCGAUGGAAUGUCCCAUGUGCAAGCAGAUCUUCGCCAAGACGUCCAUCAAGGCGCACAUGGCGACGCACUCGACGGAGCCUCAGUACGAUUGCGCCAUUUGCAGCAAGAGCUUCUCCACCAAAUGGAAUCUCAAGAUCCACUCGUGGGUGCACGCAAACCGGACGGCCAAGCCCUUCAAGUGCGAGUACUGCCCAAAGGCGUUCGUGCGCGAGCUGGACUUCAAGAACCACAUCAACGCGCACAAGCAGAUCAAGCCGUACACGUGCGAGUACUGCGGCUGCAAGUUCAUCCGCAAGUACAACUACAUGCGGCAUCGGCGCGAGCAUCAUGGCACCAAGAAGUUCACCUGCGACCAGUGCGACAAGUCCUUCCAUCGGCACUACUAUCUGAUCGAGCACCGGCGCAUGCACACCGGCGAACGGCCCUUUACCUGCACCAUCUGCGGCAAGAGCUCCACCACGAAGACCAACCAUAACAAGCAUCUGAAGAUCCACCAUUCGCGCGAUCCCUUCACCGUGGAGGCCUAAGGGUGCUUGGGUGCUUCGCCGUCAUCGGGCUUCGUAAUCGAAAGAACUUAAGUUUAAUAUAAUCAUUAACUAGGUAGUUGUUCAUGACUCUUCUCUGUGUGUAUUGUGUGUGUCUGUGGUUAAAACAACAAAAGAAAACAACAAAUUAGUAUUACUUAUCGAACUAUAUAUUUAGUUUACAUAUGCGAUUGCCAACUCUUGUUGAAUAAGCAAACAAGAAAAACAAUUAUCACAAUAAUUACAUUUUACUAAUCAUACAUUUUGGAUGUGGUUUAAGAACGUAGCUAAAUGUGAAAGUGUUCCCCCGUUCUCUUCCUCCCGAUUCGAAUCGCAAUUCGCGUCAACCGCUUUAAUCCCGUUUAGGUUUUAGUUUUAAACCCACUUUAGUGAAAUGGCAUACCUAGUUCAGUGCAAUAUACAUCGAUUAAUUACUAUAUGCCGCGAUACUUUUCAUUUCUGUAGCUUAGUUCGCAUUAAGUUUAUUCAUUUAUCUACCUAUGCAUAGGGAAGCAUACUAGUUAAUUUAAGUUAGCCGAAAUUGGUCUUAAAAACUUUCGAGUUUUUCCGAAACUUGAGCACAUUCUACGCGAAGGACACAUACACAGAAUACGAAAACGAACACCCAUCUAA